CCGCGUCGCGGGCGGGGAUUCACUGCUGCGAAGUGAGUCGCGUCCUGCGCUGGGGUGGCUGCCGAACCGGACCCCGCCAGGUUGAACACCCCCCCACCCCUCCCACCGCCUCGGGGUGUUGCCGUUAUUAACGUUCGUGCUGCCGCCGUCGCCGUCAUGCCGCUCUUCGCCUCCAACCCCUUCGAGCUGGAUGUGGAAAAGGCUACAAAUGAGUACAACACUGUUGAAGAUUGGGCAGUUAUUAUGGAUAUUUGUGACAAGGUUGGAAGCACUCCUAAUGGAGCAAAAGACUGCCUCAAAGCCAUUUUAAAGAGAGUAAAUCAUAAAGUACCCCAUGUUGCACUGCAGGCACUAACUCUGUUGGGAGCCUGUGUAUCAAACUGUGGAAAAAUUUUCCACUUAGAAAUCUGCUCACGUGAUUUUGCCAGUGAAGUGCGUGUCAUAAUAAACAAGGCACAUCCUAAGGUAUGUGACAAAUUAAAAGCUUUGAUGGUAGAAUGGUCAGAAGAAUUUCAGAAGGACCCCCAGUUCAGCUUAAUAUCAGCCACCAUUAAAUCUCUUAAGGAAGAAGGGGUUGUGUUUCCUACAGCUGGGACACAGAGUCCCUCAGCUGCUGCCAAGAAUGGUGCAUCAUCAGGCAAAAACAAAGAAGAAGAAGAUAUAGCUAAAGCUAUUGAAUUAUCUUUGCAAGAACAGAAGCAGCAGCAGCAAACCGAGACAAAAUCUUUAUACCCAUCUGUAGACAUUCAGCAUAGCCAUCAAAAGCUCUCAAGAAAAGUGCGAGCCUUGUAUGACUUUGAGGCAGUCGAGGAUAAUGAACUUACCUUUAAGAGUGGCGAUAUUAUUGUUGUUUUGGAUGACAGUGAUGCCAAUUGGUGGAAAGGAGAAAAUCACAGAGGAAUUGGAUUGUUCCCUUCUAACUUUGUGACUCCUAACUUAAAUGAUGAGCCUGAAACAGUGCCUGUAGACAAGGAUGCUUCUGAAGACACUACUGAAGUUACAAAACCUGAGCCAGAGCCAGUGUACAUAGAUGAGAAUAAGAUGGAUAAGACACUGCAGUUACUUCAGAGCAUAGAUCCAACAGAUCCUAAAUCUGAUUCUUCUGAUCUCCUGGAUUUAGAAGAUGUCUGUCAACAGAUGAGUCCCAUGAUAGAUGAAAAGCUAGAAGAAAUUGAUAGGAAACAUUCAGAAUUGUCCGAACUAAAUGUGAAAGUGAUGGAAGCUUUGGAACUCUAUAAUAAACUAAUGAAUGAAGCUCCUAUGUAUUCUGCAUACUCAAAGAUGCACUCAACGGCACAGUAUGCACCCACGUCAGCCAGUGUUCCAGUGCAGUCAUAUCCCAUCCAUCCGCACAGUGGGAAUUAUGUGGUCCAUGGUAUGCCUCCAAACUACAAUCCAGGAAGCGACCAGAUUGGUCCACUGAGGUCUUUGCCUCCAACCGUGAAUUCUUCAGUACCAUCUCAGCCCCCUCCGACCUACAUGAGCCCUGGUCUAGAUUCUGUGCCCAGUUCUACUUACAUGAACCAGAAUUCUUGCCUCCCGCCUGCUGGUCCCGUUUCUUAUGCCCAGCAGAUGACCAUGCCGGUGGAUAUGCUAGCCUACCAGAACACUGCAUCCAGUUUGCCUCAAGGUCCGUGCUAUCCAGCAGUUCCCACUCAUUCACUUCCACAGCAGCAAACAAAUUAUCACCAGCAGCCUCUCCUGUGAAAAUGCAGAGUCGGAGCCUGGGAAGCGUUUCAGAUGUUGCUGACCCGUAAUCUUUUAAAUUGUCCUUCCAUUGAUUUAAAAGGCUACUUCUGCUGAAGGGAACAGACAACUAAGCAAUUUCAAAGUAAAUGUUAAUUCAGGCUUAACUGUUUUUCUGCAUAGCCAUUUAAACUAGAUGAGCUGCGGUUGUGUGUUUUUUUUUAAAAAAAAAUCUUUCCAAUCCUGACUUCUGAAAUAUUCUGUGUCUCCUCACUAUUUAUAAAAAUGCCACUUCAAUUUUUCCCUUGUAAAAGAAGCUUGAAAACAAAGCUGAUAUAUGCAGCUCCUGUUUGUUCUUUCCAGACUUUGGGAAUAUAGUCAUUGUUUUUUAAUGGAAGCCUUACAUUUGAAGUGCUUUCUUUGAAACUCAGUUUAAUUAGUUAGUUUGGAUUUUGGUUUACACCCUUUUGAGAUCAUAAUCUUAACAAGAUUGCCUUUUGAGAUUAUACAAUAAAAUCUUUACGAACCUGAAAGGAAAACUCACUCCCUCCCUCCCUCCCUCCCUCCCUCCCUCUCUCUCUCUCUCUCUCUCUCUCUCUCUCUCUCUCUCACACACACACACACACACACACACACACACACACACACACACACACACACACACUUUGAAUGUCAGAGAAGUUAAUGGAUUUUAUGGUUUCUGCCAGAAUGGAUUUCUUACUUGCUUUUCUCAAAAAUUAGUUUUAUUGCUGUGGAGUAAUAUUCUCUAUGUGAAGACGGAGAGUUUAAAGAGUACAUUUUUAACUUCAUAAAUUCCCUAACACAAAUGGACCUGAUCAAAUCUGGAUCAGUCUUUUCUCUCUGUUCUCAUUCCCUGGCAUUAUUGAAUAUGAAGGAGAAGCUGAUAAUUAUGCUGUACUGUAGUCACAGCAAGGAUUUAUGUGCAGAUUUUUUUUUUUUAACCUUAACUGGUAAAAUACACAUUGUGUAAGGGAAUCCAAAAAGGGAUAUGUAUUUUUCUAUUGUUGGGAGGUCAAAAAGAGUUCCUGACCAGGUUUUUAAAAAGAAAAAUUUUCUGUUCUGGAUACUUCAUUUCUUGCUACUCAUGGAUUUUAUCCUAUUAAUAACAGGAUUAUUCUGAGGGAGGGAAAAUAGAUCUUGCAUACACUAUAGUUGGAAAUGGGAAUGGAUACCUUAUUAAAAUAAGCAGAAAUGUAUAAGUCAGUGCAAAGAAACCAUUGGCAUUUUAUACUAUGCUCUGAAGAAUUGUUCUGCAGUAUCUGACACCCGUUGUAUCUAGCAUCAAAUGAGCCCCAUUUUUCACUUCCAAUAUUGGUGCUAAGUAAGCUAUUUAGAUUUCUAGUAAUAUAGUGAUCUAGACUACGAUGUCUUUGAGAAGGUGGUUUCAGAAAAACAUAGCUGCUGUUCAUCUCUUUCUACCAACAAGAACAUUUGAGUUUUCCUUUUUGGUGUUGGUUUUAUUUUAAUCUUCUCAAAAAUGUUUAAUUUUAAAGGCUGCUUUUUAAAAUCCUUAUUUAGAAUCAAGUCCGGGUUUUCUCAUUCAGCUCCAACGUUUUAUAAACAAAAUGAGGAUUUUGAAUAGUGCAUUGCUCUUCCACAUUGAUACAUUAUAGAUGGUCCAUUUAUAUUGAUCACAAUCUUUGAUACUACUUUAAGCGGUACCCAAUAUCUGACUGUGAUGUUGAGUUGAAACAGUCUUUUUUCACUGCAUUUUCUCCUUUAUAUAUAAUGUAUAAAUAAUAAAUGUGUGUAUAUAUAUCCACUGGUCUGAGAUUUUAUACACAACAAUAUAUAUACUAAUUCUCUCAAAUCACUGAAGUUUUAUAGAUAGCUGCAUUUGGCUCUAUUGUUAAUUGGUGUAAUCUUAAAAUGCAUUUAUGCAGGCUGUAAAUAUGUAUAAAUUCUGAUGUUGAAUUGGUGUAUUUAGUGUUUCGGUGUCAGUAGGGAUCAUGUUUCUUCCCUUUUCUAAACUAAAAUAUUUAUUGUUAAGGCAUGAUUAUAAUGAUGCUUACCAAAGGAAUUAACAAAUUUCCAUAGUUAGGGCCCAGACUUUCAUUUGCAUCAGUGAGUAUUUAGCCAUUGAUUUGAAUGGAAUUUCAACUAUACUGCAGACGUAUAACUAUUUUUAUAUUAAGAGUAAACAAUACUUGCUUUGCUUGACAUACAUUAACUGAAUAAAUAGAAAUUCUUUACAGUUCAUAAUGAGUGUUGUUUUGUAAUUUAUUUUGUGGGUGUUCAAUUAAGGUUUGAUUUAUGUUUAGAAAUAAUUUGCUAUCUUAAAUUUGUAUUUGAAAAGUUGCCCAAGAUAAUUGUCCAAACUAUAUCACCAUAUGUUUCAGGGUUUUUUUUUCCUUACAGAGAUUCAUUCUUAAAUAGCCUUGUGAUUUCAAAGGCUAUGGAGUCCAAAUAUUUUCAUAUUUCCAUUUGCCAUGCCACAUCCCCUAUUAAAGUUGCAAGAGUUUUAAAUAUCCCUUAUUAUAGCGACCCCCAACCUUUUGGGCACCAGGGACCGGUUUGGUGGAAAGAGGUUUUUCUGUGGAUCAGAGGGGGCAUGGUUUCACAUGCUGCCUGUAUCCCGCGGAUGGCGUUUUGCAGACCAGUUUCUGGUAUACCGAGGACCGGGUGUUGGGGAUCCCUGCCUUAUUACUUUUGUGCUGACAUGGUUUUUCAGAAAAUAAAAGAGCCUAGAAAUGUAAUAUUUCCUUUACUAUGUAUCAGUGCUGCCCCUUAUCCAAUUUAAUAGCACCAGUGGUGGAAUUAUAUUAAUCUUCUCAUCGUUCCUAUCACCUGUCUCCUCCCACUUAUGACUGUAUGAGUGUAAUCUUGUUGCUGGUAUCCUUAAGAUUUAUAUUGAUUGUUUUCCUAGAACUAUCAUUAAGUGUUGUACCUUAUGAUUCUUGACGAAUGUAUCUUUUCCUUUAUGUACACCGAGAGCAUAUGCACCAAGACAAAUUCCUUGUGUGUCCAAUCACACUUGGCCAAUAAAGAAUUCUAUUCUAUCUAUUCUAUUACACCCCAUCCCCCAAACUUCAUACAAGCCCUUCAUAGCUAUUGCUGAUUAGAUUGGGGAGACAUGCAGAAUGGGUACAAAGGAAAGCGAAAGGAUACAUAGAAUUACAUAGAAUCAUAGGGCUGGAAGGGACCUUGGAGGUCUCCUAAUCCAACACCCCCCCCCAAAGCCAGGAGACCAUAUAUCAUCUAGGACAAGGGUGGGCAAAUAUGGCCCCUUUAUGAUCUGUGGACUUCAACUCCCAGAAUUCCUGAGCCAGCUUGGCUGUCUCAGGAAUUCUGGGAGUUGAAGUCCACAGGUAAAAGGGCCACAUUUGCCCACCCCGAUCUAGGACAAAUAGAUAUCAAUCAUUUCUUGAAGCAAUGGAGCGCCUCCAACUCCGGGAGGCAAACUGUUCCAUUGAUUAAUUGAUCUUAAUGUCAGGAAGUUUCUCCUUAGUUCCAGGUUGCAACUCGCUUUAUCGAGCGUCCACCCAUUGCUUCUUGUCCUGCCCUCAGUUGCUUUGAAGAAUAAGUUGACCCCCUCUGUGACUGACCCUUAAGUACCAGAAGGCAACUGUCAUGCCACCCCUAUUCAUUGAACUAGACAGCCUUAGUUCCCUUAACCAUUCCUCAUAUGAUUUAACCACUGAACUUCUUACCUUUGUUGCUGUUCUUUGCACUUUUUUUCAGGGUCUCAGCAUCUUUUGGGCAUUGUGAUGACCAAAACUGGACACAGUAUUCCAAGCGUGACCUCUCUAGCACCACUCUUAGGUUGUGUUUUUGUAAAAGGUAUUGUUAAUCGUGUAAUGCCUGAAUAUAACCCAUAAUUUCUCAAAAAUGUGCCAGGAUGCUGCACAUAAUCAGGAAGUGGUUUGUUUGCUUUUGUAAUAAACUUAUGUAGAAAAUUUAACUCCUCGUGACACUGAAUUAAAUUUACUUUGAAAUUGCAUUUUAAGUGGUGGACAAAAGGGGAUUCUACUACAGAAAGAUGGGAUCAGUGAAAUGCAUUCUGAAGAUUUAAUCUGUAGAAAAAUGCUGUUAUUCUGGUUAAUUGUUCAAGAUCAGAUUUAAUCAUUUCUUUCCUGCAACAAAUUACAUUAUGAAUAUUUCUGUACAAUAUUUUUCAAGCAACCUCUGGUAUUAACUGUGCAAUCUAUUACUUUAGAAUAUCUUGUCUCCAACUUAUUUGCACGGACUUGUGCAAAUAAAACUUGUUUAACAAAUUC